UGCGGGAGAACUAAUGUUGGCACUGUUGGCAGAACUGGCGGUGGCCGUUGUCGUCUGCUGGCGCGAGCGGGUGUCUCUUGCAACUAUUCAGAAUUGCUGUGAACACAGUGUUCUGUCUUGAAUGACGGUGUCUCUGACAUCCAGAUCAAUUGUUAGGCAAAUGUCGAAAGGUGUAAAACGUGAGUGCGAGGAUGAGGCUGGAAACAAGGCCAAGAAGCCUGGCAUUGGGCAUUGGGCGAACGGAUUGAUUACAGCAAUGGAGGACCCUAACCUUAAGGUGCUUGAUGAUGAUCAGGUUGUUGUUAUCAAAGACAAGUAUCCUAAAGCAAAGUUCCAUUUCCUCAUAUUACCAAAAAUACCAAUUCCGAACCUUAAAGCCCUUACCGACAACCAUUUGGAUUUACUGCAACAUAUGCAUGAAGUAGGAUGCAAAAUUUCUCAAGAAAAUCAACAUGCUAAGCAUAAAUUCAGACUCGGAUAUCAUGCUGAACCAAGCAUGAAUCACUUACAUCUACAUGUGAUCAGUGAUGAUUUUUGCUCUGAUUCUUUAAAGACCAAGAAACACUACAAUUCAUUCACCACUGAUCAUUUUAUGAACUCUGCAAAGGUGAUGGAUUGUCUAAAGAAAACAGGCAAAGUAACAACACCAUCUCGAGGUGAUUGUGAAAAGUUCUUAAAGCAACCCUUGGUUUGUUUUAAGUGUGGCGAGAAUAUGGCAACCAUGCCAAAAUUAAAAGAACAUCUCAAGUCUCAUGUGUGAAUCUGUGUUAAUUUAAAAUUAAAUGAAAUAUAUGUGUAAUGAAUGUCCAAUA